AUGUCUGGCCUGCCUCACCAGAAGUCAAAAAUGGUCCGCAAGAAGCCAGGUCCAAAAGGAACUCGGUCGGCCACAAAUCGCAAGAUCGAGGAGAUCCAGCGAGCCCCUGAGACAGCUGUCAUGGCAGCGGCACUCCAAAGCCCCAGGGCACUCUGCUCCCCGGAUUCUCGCAUUUCUAUAACCAACUAUUGCACUGUCCUUGAUAUUUUCCAAGUCCAUCUAUAUGAUAUAUGGCCAAUAGUUGACGCAGAAGAUCUCAAAACACAACUGCGCGGUGACAGAAAGAUCGAUCCCAGUUUUCACGCACUGGCAGCAGCCUUGUGUGCUGCAACGUUGGCACAGACGCGGCUCCAGCUUACACAGGAUCCAUGUCCCGAAGGUCUUGCGGUGACAGUCCACGAAUUCGCAAAGGAAUGUCUCCGAGUUCGAUUGGAACACAGCUACAACCAAGCACCAUCACUCCAAGCUCUUGUGACAUCGAUAUUUCUUCACAUGUACUAUGCCAACCAGGACCAGGUCACACCAGCAACCAUAUCGCUUCGUGAGGCAAUCACUUAUGCGGAUCUGAUGCACCUGUGUCGCGAUGUACCGCCCGAUGGAACACAAUCGAAGCAAUGGCAAUUGGAACUACGGUGUUACUGGGUCUUAUUCAUCACGGAGAGGUUAGUAUUGAGCUUUGGAAGGCACAUUGUUCUAAUUGACCUGGCUAGAACCUUCUGCAUCCAGCAUGAUCUGCCGAUUACCCUCUAUAGGACACCCAACCUUCCCGAAGUUGAGCAUAACAGUCCCAGGGGAGAUCUGUAUGCUGGCUUUUGCACACUCGUCCAGUUGUUUCAUCAUAUCCAGCACCCUCUAGCUCUCCCAGCAUCUACUAGCAAAGCCAUCGAAGCACCGGAGAUAUACACCAAGAACAAAAUAUCAGAUAUUCAACAUCGCAUUGGGGUCAGAUUGCCUGUACUUGAGCUUAAAUCCGAGAUUCAAUAUGUGGACAUUCUAACUACUUCGGCAUGGAUCCGCUCUCUACUAUGGCAAUACUCUGCCUCGCACUUCAUGCUCUCGUCAGCGACAUCGAUUGAGCCCUUGUCAUUUGACUAUCCACUCUCGAUUGCUAGGGACUAUUUGGCAUCUAUCUCCCAUGUGUCAAUUGAGUCAGUGCGUAGCCAUGGAUAUGGAAUGGAGAUCAAGCUUCUUCAGGUCGCAAAUCCUAUUUUGGACUUGUUGCUUUGUAUGCCAAACCUCCUUACUUACAAGGCAUGUCCCUUCGGUCCACUAGAUGCUGUUAUUGCCAUCGAGCAACUGCUUUUGAAGGUUGGCGGGUCAAAUUCGGAAAGGUUAGGUCAGUUACAUCAGCGGUUGAGACAAGUACCCUCCUCUAUGGUUAAUGUGCCAUUGAUGUUAGAGUCCCCUAAACAAGAGGAUGAGCUGGAUGACACCCUUGCUUAG